AUGUCUUCUCCGAGCAAUUCAAAUGGAGGUUUAUCUCGCUCACUUUCGAGUCAUUUGCAAAGACUAAAUAUUCGUACGCCCGAAUCUUCAGUGCCAAGUUCACCUGAUAUUUCCGAGAAAGACUUAGGCCGCAAACUAUCGUCUUCAAAUCACACCUCUUCAGCUAAUUCUUCCAACAACAAUCAGAGCGGUGCUGAAACACCCACCAAACCUUCAGGUUCAUUUCUCUCCAGAACACUGUCUUCAAAGCGUGACAGAUCCAAUUCAGUGGGACGUAGUAGACCUUCCUUGCCACCACCACCGUCUACCAAUUCAUCGCCUCUUUUAAAUCGAGCUCAAAGUGAGCGAUCCACAGCAACCACGGGCACCACUACCAAUUUGCAAAUGAAAUAUUCACCACCAGCAUUUCAUAGCGAUGAUAGUGGUGGCAGCACACCUCAGCUAUCGCCACUCAAGGAUUUGCCCAGCGGCGCUUUUGGGAAGGCUAGGGAUAGAUCGACAUUCAAAGGAGUGAUUGAUAAGUUUGUUGGCAGUUUUAAUGAUUUGAUCAAUAAGGACAAACAGUCAAAUCAAGAACAGGAAAAGGAAAUGGAGAUUUCAGGUCCUUACAACGCUAAACAUGUUACACAUGUUGGAUUUGAUGCUAGUACAGGUGAAUUUACUGGUUUGCCUCAAGAAUGGCAGACGCUGUUGCAACACAGUGGUAUUUCCAAAGUAGAGCAGUACCAGAAUCCACAGGCUGUGUUGGAUGCCAUUGGUUUCUAUCAAGAAAAUCGAGAUCAUGAUGAAUCCGUGUACCAUAAAAUGGAAAGAGCCCACGCGUUGAAUGAGCAGCAAGAGGAUGAUUCGCCUAAUUUGACGAGUCAGACACCCCCGCAGUACGACGAUGAUGAAUACGAUGAGAUGGAGCGUCAUGCCAAGAUGCAAGAAUUCAAGAAGCAAAAAUCCCAAGAACGACUGGAUGAACAACUGUAUCACCAACAUCUCCAGCAACAGCAACAGCAAUACCAGAAAUAUCAACAGCGUCUUCAACAGCAUCAACAACAACUGCAGCAAGAACGCUUAAAUUACGAAUCCUCGACAUCUCCCAAACUAUCCCCUUCAUCUCAUGCAGCUCGAGAUUACGAUAUCAAGCGCAAAUUAAGCGCAAAACAAAGAGACAGACGCGAGGAUCAGCAUCCACAACCACCUGCUGCUGCUCAGCAAUUACCUAUACAGCAACAACAUAAGCUCAAGCCCCACCAGCCUUCGUUAACAGGAUCUCCAGGCACCGUCAAACAACGGGUCAAGGAGAGAAAACACACCAUGAAAGAUGCUGAAGUGAUUGCUAAACUAAGAACGAUUUGUACAGAAGCCGACCCUAGUCUUGUCUACAAGAACAUGCGAAAGAUUGGCCAAGGUGCUUCUGGUGGUGUGUAUACUGCUUACUCAGAGGGCAGUGAUUUCCCCGUCGCUAUCAAGCAAAUGAAUUUGGAGCAACAGCCCAAGAAGGAGCUGAUCAUCAAUGAAAUCCUGGUCAUGAAGGAGUCCAAGCAAAAGAAUAUUGUCAACUUUAUUGAUUCCUAUCUGUGGCGAGGUGAUUUAUGGGUCAUUAUGGAAUACAUGGAGGGCGGCAGUUUGACAGAUGUGGUGACAAACAACAUGAUGAUGGAAGGUCAAAUUGCUGCUGUGUGUCAUGAAGUCUUGGAGGGCCUUCAACACUUGCACUCUAAGGGUGUAAUUCAUCGUGAUAUCAAGAGUGAUAACAUUCUAUUGAGUCUGUACGGUGAUAUCAAAUUGACUGAUUUCGGUUUUUGUGCUCAAUUGAACGAAAUGCAAUCCAAACGUACUACCAUGGUAGGCACACCUUACUGGAUGGCACCUGAAGUCGUCACUCGCAAGGAGUAUGGACCCAAGGUGGAUAUCUGGUCAUUGGGUAUCAUGGCCAUUGAGAUGGUGGAAGGUGAGCCACCUUAUUUGAACGAAAACCCCCUCAGAGCGCUCUACCUGAUUGCAAACAACGGUACACCAAAACUGCAGAAUCCAGAAGCACUUUCGCCCAUUUUUAGAGACUUUUUGGCAAAAUGCUUGGAGGUGGAAGUGGAUCGUAGACCAUCUGCUUCAGAAAUGUUGAAGCAUCCGUUCCUGAGAUGUGCAGAUCCAUUGCCUUCACUCGCACCUCUCAUCAGAGCUGCUCGUGAUGCUGUCAGAAGAGAAGAGUAG